AUGGUUGAAUAUCCAAAAAUAUCAGAAAUAUUAGCAGAUACUGGUUCAAUUAUAUCUUGGAUUCUUUCAAUUUCAUUUAUUGUUUCAAAAUAUAAUGAAAACUUAAGUUUAGAAAAAACUUAAAGAGAAAUAAUAACAAUGUAUUAUAAUGAUUUUAAUGAUUUUUAAAUUUAAAAGAAUUGUUUAGGUAAAGUCUAAAGGGUAAACUAUAAAGGAAAAGAAUAUGAUCUUUAAAAAUCUGAAGAAAUUCUUAAUCGAUUAGAUCGAAUUGCAAUUGAAAAAAUGAAUUAUUUGAAUUUAUAAAAUGAAGUAGCUAAGUAAUUAUUAUUUAAUUCUAUUCUAGAUUAUAAUUAAUCUUAUAAGAACAUUUAGGAUUAUAACAAAUUAAAAAAUAUUUAGAAUCGAAAUUUACAUUAGAAUCUCUAUUUGAUAAAUUAGGAAUACCUGAAAAAAUCUCCUAAUAAGAAAUCAAUUAAAUUGUAAUUAUCUUUUCAUUUUUUAAGCAUGCCUAACAAGAAUUGCAAUAGGAAGUAGUUUAAUAAUUAAAUAUAGAAGGAGAAAUCGAUUCUAAAUUUAAUAAAGAUAUUGUAGAGCAAGAAGUAGAAUUAAGGAUGGGGCUUUUAGAUAUGAAAACCUCUGAAAAUCUCUAAUUUAGAGAGCAGAAUAGCAAUUUAUAAAUCUAAGAAUCCCUCUAACAAAUUAAUAAUUAUUUAACAGUCAUCAAUGUUGAUAAGACUGAUGGGAUUAAGUGA